CCCACUUAGACAAAUUACCCACGUACCUUGUCUCUCUCUAUCUCUCCCUCCUUCCCUCUCACACACAGACACAAAGAAGAAGAGAGAAGAAAGAGGCGGCUUUUGAAUCUGACUACUCCGGAAUGGGUGAUAAUUAAUGAGAGUCAUCACGGCCUCUUUGAGGACGACAACAAAGAGUAUUCUAGUUUAUGAGGAUACUCUUUCUUUCAACCCUAGCUAUCUAGUUCCAGUUCCUCUCACACUAAUAACUACUGGACGCAAUUACUUUUUUCCCAUCACAUCUUCUCUAAUUAGAUCUAUGCUGGGUCCUAGAUCAUGAAUUUCUUCGAUCAAGGAGGUACACGCCAAUUUUCUCAUUCUUCUUCUUCCAGCCAGAAGAUUAUAGUUCCUGAUUUCUCUUAUCAGCAAAGAAGCACCACUAAUAAUGGUGAAGAUAGUACUGAUCUCGUGAUGAAUAUGGAUCUUGACCCUGCAGAUGAAGUUGGUGAAAGUAAUACGAUUGAGCGAGAACACAUGUUCGAUAAGGUAGUCACUCCCAGUGACGUCGGCAAGCUCAAUCGGUUAGUCAUCCCCAAACAGCACGCUGAAAAGUAUUUUCCUCUGGAUUCCUCUACCAACGAGAAAGGCCUCCUUCUCAAUUUCGAAGACAGGAAUGGAAAGCCUUGGCGCUUCAGAUAUUCCUAUUGGAAUAGCAGUCAAAGCUAUGUAAUGACCAAAGGUUGGAGCCGCUUCGUCAAGGAGAAGAAGCUCGAUGCUGGGGAUAUUGUCUCAUUUCAGCGUGGAGUAGGUGAAUUGGGCAAGGAUCGUCUCUUCAUCGACUGGAGGCGCCGUCCAGACGCCCCCGACCAUCUCCACUACACCCACUUCACUAAUCAUCAUCUCCAUAAUAACUUGUACCGCUCUAAUAUUCAGUACCCAGCUGCUGCUGCUUGGAAUCGUCCUCUCUUUUUGCAGCCUCCUCCUCCUCCUGACCAUUCACAUUUACAAUAUUCCCUGGAACCUGCAGCUGGCAGCAUGUCUCAUCAUCAUCAACAACAAUCUCACGGAUCCAGUCCUAAUUAUUACUACGACACUUGUAAUUUCAACAACAGCCGUACAACCGUGGUAAAUGGAAACCCUUGUCCGAGCGGGUCAGUAGUUUAUCUCAGAUCGGGGUCAGCCCAAGUCCCACAACAGGCUGGGUUAAUGCAAUUAAGAGGUCAUAGUAAUAGUACUAGUGGCAGGGUUGUGGAGCCAGUGGUGUUCGACUCCGUACCGGUUGUUCAAGGCAAGGCAGCAGCAAAGCGAUUCAGGUUGUUCGGUGUGAAUAUGGACUGUCCCAUCUCAGACUCGGAUGAAUCAUGUGAAAUCACGUCCUCGUCUUCUUCCUUGCCUAAUCCCGCCACUACAGCAACUUAUUCUCAUGUCCCCCAAUUUUCAUCAUUAUCAUUCAGAACUUUUAACAACUAUGAUACCAACCCGCCGGCAGCCACCGAAGAAGAAUCGUUCGACAAAGGUUGUUGUUCUUGUCGCUGCUUCGUUGGGCACGCCCCCGGUACUGCGAUUGCUUCAGAUCUAGCUAGCUUUUAUAAAAGGGUUUGUCAUCCGAUCGAUUUUGAGCUUGGAUAUACAUACAGGAUUUUGCUGGUUUGAUAUUCGAAGUAAGCAUUUGUCUUAGUUCCGGUGAGGAUAUAUAAAUGAUGUCAAAAGGUACAAAGCACCUGACCUCUUCAAUUCACUACAAGAAAUUAAAAGAAUGAACAAGGUUCAAUUUCUACAAAUUGGAUCACUCUUGAAAGCAUAACACAAAUUACAUAAAAAUAUAAGAGUUUCAGAAAUGUGCAUACUUAAUCUGUAUUCUAUUUAGGUAUAUUUGCAUGAAGAAUUGAAUUUUCUUGGGCAUAUAUAUCUCCUUCUUCGAUUGUGUUUGGUUCUUUGCUCCAAUGUUAUUUUGAUAAAGGUUCCUUUCCUUGCUAGCAAACAAGAGUGUUGACACCGAGUGCACUUUAACCCUGACCAAUGUACUGUAUCGAAAUAGUUAUACUCUAUGCAUAUAUAAAAUUUUAGGCAUGGUCAUCCAAAUUGUCAUAGCUAUACGCUACCUACAAAAAUGUAUAUAGGGAGACCCACCUUAAACUUAUCAUGUAAAUUCAACGAGAGAAGAAAAUAUAGAUGGCCCUAUUUAUGAAGGAGAAAGAGAAAGAGGAAAGAAUUUGAGGAGUAUAUCAUACCAUACCAUUCUCUACUAAGUCCAAAACAUUUUUCUUACACACAGGUUUUUAGUACCUUUUCGGCUAGGAUUUUGACGGGGCUAGCUAAAAGUUCCGAGUUUACUGGCAGGUCAUAUCUUUUUUUUUUUUUUUAGUUAAACAAUGUAAUCUGCUCAAAUAUUACUAGAAGAAGCAAAAACUGAACCAUGCAGUACAGGUAGCAUCUUUAAAA